AACACCCAUCUGAUUUCCGAGAAAACGAAAGUGAACGGAGUUGUAAUAAAGAUGGAAGAGUGCUGUUCGGAGCCAGAUUCGUUAUCCUGCUCGAUAUGCUUCGACAGAUUGAAAAUCCCUGUGACUCUUCACUGUGGCCACAGCUACUGUAUGGACUGCGUGAACGGAUACUGGGACCAAGAGAACCACCGCGGGGUUUACAGCUGUCCCCAGUGCAGACGCACUUUCAGGCGCAGACCUGUGCUGAACAAAAACACAGUGCUGGCUGAUCUGGCAGAGAAAGUUUCAGGGCCUGAACCACCCACCCGGCCUGCUGUGAAGGAUGAAGUGGGCCCGGGGGAUAUGGAGUGUGAUUUCUGCACUGUGAGGAAGCUGAAAGCUGUCAAGUCCUGCCUGGUGUGUCUGGCUUCUUACUGUGCUACUCACUUGGAGCCCCACUAUGUGUCUGAGGCUUUCAAAAGGCACACGCUGGUGGAAAUCACUUCUUCCAUGCAAGAGAAGAUUUGCUCCAAGCAUGACAAGCUGCUGGAAGUCUACUGUCGCAGUGACGGGCAAUGCAUUUGCCUACUGUGUGUGAUGGAUGAACACAAAGGUCAUGACACUGUCUCCGCUGCAGCAGAGAGGAAAGACAAACAAAAAGAAUUUGGAAAGAAAAAACUAACAUAUCUGAAAGGAAUACAGAAGAAAGAGAAGCAGCUGCAGCAGCUAAAACAAAAAAUUAAAGCACUUCAGUGUUCAGGAGAUGCAGCGGUUGAUCAAAAUGAGAAAGCCUACGCUGAAAUGGUCCGGAUGGCGGAUGAGAGGCGCUGUGCCACUAAAGAUCUGAUAAGAGUUCAGCAGAAGGCUGUGGUGAGUCGAGCCGAGGCGCUCGUGGACCGUCUGGAGAAGGACAUCUCCGAGCUGAGAAAGGGACAGGAUGACCUCAAACAGCUGUCACUCACUGAGGAUCACAUUCAUUUCCUGCAGGUACACAGACAGUCAAACAUAGAUUAUUCAGGGCUACAGUUAAUAUUGUGUUACUUUAGCCUUUUAG